UAUGAACACACACAAUAUAAAAAGACGACAGCAGCGCCUCACUUCCUCAUUCACAAUCUGCGACCGUGCGAGUCAUGCUGUGUCGCUCGUUUCUAAGCAUGGAGGAACCAGGGAGUCCAGUAAACCAGCUCUUUCCGGGAAGUUUUGACCCUGGUUAAAAUGAUUUUUGAGUAAGCUUGUGCAUUAUAGACCCCACAAUCACCGAUUUUUGAGUAAGCUUGUGCAUUAUAGACCCCACAAUCACCGGGCUUGUUAGACCGGAAGAGUUGGCUCAGUUCUGACCAUGUGGUCCAGUUCUGACGAUGAUGGAGAAAAUGUAUUGCAGUCACUGAAGAGCUGGUGGAUUACCUCUACCUUUCUCACCAGUCUUGAACCAACAGCAAAUUAUUUGACCACAAAACUUACUUGGUUAAGCACUUGCCCAAGUCUCCGUGCAGCUGAAUAAAAUAUUCCUUUUUGUGAUUAGGUCAUCACAAUUGAUAAGCUGUUAAGUUAUGAUUUGAACUUUAGUAUUUCUGAAACUUACUGGAAACCUGGCACUUUAUGGGGUUGGCGUCCUGUGUGGAUGGCAUGCUCAAGCAGUGGUGUCACAUUUUGUCUGAAUAUUAGGUUUCAUGUUGUCCUGCAGUCUCAAUAAAACUUUAAUAUUAAAAUAAAAAUGUAUAAAAUGAAUUGUAUUAUUUGAAACUGAGUCACAUUGUCCUAUACCUCAGGCAGGAUUUGUCUAUUUGCUGUGUAACUAUCACUUUAAAUACUAUAUAAUGCCUGGGGGGGAAACUUUUUUUUUGUUCCCCCCCAUUCAUUCAACUGGUAGGAAAGACGGUUGUCAUCGCAAUAAACAAAACGCGGUCAACAGUCCCUAAAAAUGGCACCAUAUAACAAAUGAAUAAGAUUGCAUUGGCGCUUACGUUUAAACGUUACUAAAUUGAUUCCGACUGACAACGGCAUUAUUUUCUUAAGUUUUCGCUGUAUUUACGAGAGGCGUGGUUUGACCCUGCUCGCUCGCCGUCUUCUCCUCGCUCCGUGGCAGCCGCAGGAUCGCCCACAGCGGAGCGGCUUCACCGGGCUCAUGCCGCCGCUUUUCGGGUCUUUUCCAUCUUGUAACUGAGCCGAACCGGGGCCAUGGCAGCCGUGCAGCCGCAGGACGACCUGCUAAAGAUGACCCACCGGGAAAACUGGAGAGUUCAACAUGAGCGUCUGCACACGAAGCACCAUGGACAUGAGGCCAUGCAUGCAGAGAUGGUCCUGAUCCUGGUGGCUACACUUGUUGUGGCCCAAAUCGUCCUGGUGCAAUGGAAACAACGCCACCAUCGCUCCUACAAUUUGGUGACUCUGAUACAGAUGUGGGUGGUGCCGGUUUACUUCACCAUUAAAUUAUACUGGUGGAGGUUCCUAUCAAUGUGGAGCAUGUUUUCAGUAAUCACCAGCUACAUCAUCUUCAGAGCCACUCGUAAACCCCUCUCCUGCAGGACACCCAGGAUGGUGUAUAAAUGGUUCUUGUUGAUUUACAAACUGAGUUAUGCCGUGGGAGUCCUUGGGUACAUGGCUAUAAUGUUCACUAUGUUUGGCUUCAACGUCUUCUUUAGGAUAAAGGCGGAAGACUCCAUGGACGUAGGUGUGAUCCUCCUCUUCUAUGGGCUGUACUAUGGGGUCAUGGGACGAGACUUCGCUGAGAUCUGCUCUGACUACAUGGCCUCCACAAUCGGGUACUACAGUAAAGGUGGCAUACCCAGUCGAACACUAGGGGGCGACAUCUGCGCAGUCUGUGGACAGAAGAUCCUGGUGGAGGUGGAGGAAGAGGGCUUCGUGGAGGACACGUUCCAGCUUUCCUGUGGACACAUAUUUCAUGAGUUCUGUAUCCGGGGCUGGUGCAUUGUGGGUAAGAAGCAGACGUGUCCCUACUGCAACGAGAAGGUGGAUCUGAAGAGGAUGAUGAACAACCCUUGGGAGAAGACCCACGUUUUGUACGGUCAGCUUCUGGACUGGCUUCGUUACCUCGUCGCCUGGCAACCAAUAAUAAUCGGUGUGGUCCACGGCAUCAACUUCACCCUCGGCCUGGAAUAGAACCCGCAACCACGGCAACAGUAUCACUCCAUUUAGUCCAGGUCCAGUCCUGAUUUAGACCUGGUUUGUUCCUGUUUUAGACCUGGCACUGUCAUUUUAUAUAAGGCAUCAACUUUAAUGUGGAAUUGAGCUCUCACCCCACGGUUUGUGCUAUGAUUUUAAAGCCGCUUUUGUUCACUUUUCUGGCCGCACACUUCCUUGUCUCCAUGGAGAUAUUAUUGCUUUGUCUGUAAUGUUCCACAGUAUGGCAUUAAACUUGUAUGUUUCUGUGGAGAAAAACGUGUGACACCACACAGUAUUAGUAUUUUAGUUUUUUUCUAUGUAACAGUAAAAACAUCAGUAUUUUCUACACUCAAAAUAUAUAUGCUUAAUGUCGUACAGUGGAACAUUACAGGCAAAACAAUAACAUCUUUACCAGAAAAGCUACAUAGUCCACCUUUCAUUGCUUUGAAUCUAAAAACAGUUCAUUUUAUUUUAUGUUUCUUAAUAAGUGUUAAAUGAGGACAACCAAUAUGCAAAUUUAAGUUACUCAAUAUUUUCAUGAGAUCUUAAACCAUUUCAAAGUCCCUAUAGUCAAAGAACUGGGUUAAAUAAAAGCUUGGAGCGGAAAAAAUGAGUUAAAACUGAAAGUAACAUCUUUUUUUAACAAUAACAGGUGAUGCAAGUCCUGCGUUUUACAUACGCAUUAUACAUGUGUUUAAAGUGGCCGUCAUGUUUGUAUCAUUGUACUUUUCUUUUUUUUUUUUACUCUUCACAGUAAAAUGAAAGAUUUUCAAACAGAGCUUUUACAAAUUAGUUUCUUUUACCAAAAUGCUGCCAAAAGUGUUCACCAACUGCUGCUCAACUUUUAUUUAUUAAAGAUUUUUAAGAACUUUCA